ACGGCAGUUGUGAGUGAUGACCUGGAAGUGUAUCAGACGCGACUGAUCACAUUCGCUGGCAAAGAAGAGCGUUCGAAACGACAGUGUCGUGCGCCACUAUCAGACGGUAGUUUAUGUCCUCGAAUGGAUAAACACAAGUGCCCUAUUCAUGGAGUCAUCAUUGAUCGAGACUCUAUGGGCUUCCCAACAAGAGAACAAGCGCAGCAAGCAUCAUCAAAACAAACGCAACCAAAAGAAGACGAAGAGUAUAUGAGAGAUUUAGAGGCAGCCACCGGUGUGGACUGUCGUCUGGAGAAUAUGAGAAAGGGGAAGAGACGAGUUACAAAACGACGUGAAGUUCCAGCUUCGCAACAAGUAAGACAACGUUUAGAAAAGAAACUUUUGGAUCGCAGAACAGUGAAACGAGUUUCGGCAACACUCGAUGCAAUCCGUAAACAACGUAACGCACAACGUUUUCAACAUCAAUUCAAUUAUGCUCUUUUUGAACGAUGA